CGAAAACGAUUCUUCUCUUUAUGAAGAACAAGAGCAAGAACUAAUGAAGUAUACCACAAAGGCUGGAGUAAAGUGAAGCAAAAUCAAGUGUUUUUUUGUAAUGGAUGUGAGUGAAUGUGAGAGUAGGACAGAGGAGGAGACCAUGGAACUUCAGCAUUUCAGUCAUCCACAUCCUUUGGUCUUCUUCAAAUAUCAGACUGUUGCAAGCAAAGAAGUAGACCCAGAAGCAGCUCGUUGCUUUGGGUGUGAGAAUCCUUUAGAGGGCGGGAGCUACGGCUGCAAUCAAUGUAAGUUUUACCUUCAUAAGGGAUGUGCUGAGUUAGAGUUAGUCCCUCGGAUUCAACAUCCCUUUCACCCACAACACCCUCUUACAUUUUUCCCACAAUCACCUUAUCUGGGUGAAUACGUGUGUGGUUUGUGUGGCGGAAUAUUCUGGGGAUUUGUUUAUCAUUGUGGUUCUUGUUUAUUUGAUCUGCACAUCAAUUGUGCUUUGCUUCAAUCAUCCAUUGCUACAAAUUUUCCCAAUUCUUUGCACCACCAUCCUUUACACUUCAUUCAAAACCAUAACGAGGAAGUUGAGCGCGAUUGCUCCGGAUGUCAGACACCAUUAUCUGGUCCGAUUUACCAUUGUUUUGAUUGUUCUUAUCCUACAUUCUUUACUCUUCAUAAGAAAUGCGUUGAAGAACAACCCCUAGAAAUUAAUCACUCCUGUGACCGUAAGCAUCCCCUUACUCUUUUGCCCCAACGACCUGCACAUCCCGAGAAAUGUAAUUGCUAUUUGUGCAAAAUCCAAUGGAACGGGUUUGUUUAUUCCUGCUCGCUUUGCAACUUUGAGCUUUCAGUUGAUGAUAUAGUUUCACCACCAACAAUCACCAAUGCAAGCCAUGAACACCCGUGGAUGCUUAUAUCCAAAAAAAUGUCAUUUAUUUGUGAUUUUUGUGGCAUUGUCGGAGAUCACUCUCCCUAUCUUUGUGCUACAUGCAAUCUUGUUGUCCACAAGAAUUGCAUUUCAUUGCCACGCAACAUCAGGAUAACACAACAUUGUCACGUGAUUUGUUUUUCAUAUUCUUUUCAACAAAAUCAAGUUGAAGAUUGUAUGUGCAAAAUUUGUCAAACGGAAGUUGAUACAAGUUAUGGUAGGUAUUGUUGUUCUGCUUCUGGUUGUGAUUAUAUUGCUCAUGCACAUUGUGCAACCAAUAAAUCAAUUUGGGAUGGAACAAUUAUCGAGGAAGGAUAUGAUGAGAAGCAUGGACCUUCGAAUUUGAUCACUGAUGUUAUUGAACAAAUAAGUAUUGAAGAGAUAAUGGUAGCAAGUAAGAUCAAACAUUCCUACCAUCAUCAUAAUUUAAGACUCACUUUUAGUGGUGAGAUCAAAGAUGAUAGCCAGUGUGAUGGGUGCAUGAGGCCUAUAUCAAAUCCUUUCUAUAGUUGUGAGCAAUGCAAGUUCUUUCUCCAUAAAAAUUGCGCUGAAUUAUCGAAAGAAAUGGGACAUCCAUUUCACAAGCACGCACUUACACUCACAAACUCACGCACGCUCGUUGAAUAUUCAAUUUGUAAUGCCUGCAGUCAUUGGUACCAGGGAUUUAGCUAUCGGUGCUACAGAAGAGGUUGCAGCCUCAACUUUGACAUUCGAUGUAUGUUAAUGUUGAACACCUUGAACCAUCCAAGUCAUGACCAUUCACUCUUCCUUGAGCAUAACCGGCAAAGAGAUUGCAGUGCUUGUUCUGGAACAAUGGAACCAUGGAGUGUUGCAUACAGAUGCAUGAAGCGUUGUGAUUACACUUUAGAUGUAGGUUGUGCAACACUACCACUCACUGCUUGGUACAAGUAUGACAAACAUCCUCUUACUCUGACUUAUUCUGAUGAAUCUGAGCCUUCUCAACUUUACUGCGAUCUCUGCGAGAAAGAAAGGCAGCCGAAUAGUUGGUUUUACUAUUGUGCUGAUUGUGAUAACUCUCUUCACCUCAAUUGUGCUCUUGGGGAUCUCCCAUAUAUGAAGCUUGGGAACAAAAUUAAAGGUACACGUCAUCGACAUCCACUCACUGUUGUGAAAAACAUCUGGAAUUGCCCUCCCUGUGUGGAAUGUCGUGAGCUUUGCAACGGACAGGCCCUAGAAUGUAAAGAAACUGGAUGCAACUUUACCGUACACUGGGAUUGUUGUUGGGAUUUGACCUUCUAGGACUCUGGUGAACCGUUUCAAUGAUACUCCACUCAAGUUUACCAGACAGAGAAGUCGCAACUUCACAUGUCUCUGUUCUGUCCAUCUGCAUGCAUGUACCAGAUUUGCCAACAAUGGCUCAUGUCCGUUUGUUUUUCUUAAUUGCUUUUUAUUAUGUUAUUGUUGUCUAAGAACUUCAAACUUGUUUAAAUCAAACAUGAUUUGAGGCUA